CCUCGGGUAUGCCGGCACAAGGUGUUGGACAUACUGGCGCAAGGACUCGAUAGCAUCAAGCCAAUCGGUUAAACGAUGUGGUGAAUCUCGAUUUUAUAUGCAGAUCGAAACGUUUUUCGACCCAUUCUGAUUCACUCGAAUUUGGUAGUACAUACGUGGCAAGAAACAUAAUCCUACACUCGUCACUUCAUACGUAGCAAUCAGGUGCAUGCAGCGACCACAGUCUGAUUACUUCUUGCUUCCUACAGAGUUUGUACCGGCGGUGUUUCCAUCUUGCUUACUCGGGGGACUACCGCUCUGUUCACUGCUCUUGGGAGCAUCUGCUACUGCCAUUACCCUGGCCUUGAACUCUUGGUUUGUGUUAGUGCGAUCCUGUUGGGCAUUCAUCAUGAGCAGGGAUUAGGCAGCUUUCGAGUUCCCCUACCGUGUGGGAUUGAAUGCGUUGAGCAUCAGCUUUUUCCAUGAUAGUAGGAUGUCGGUGAGUGUUCUAGAUGAUGAACCGUUCGCUGAUUACUAGAGGGGUACGACGUCAAUUGCAAACGACUUACUGGGUGAAAGUACUGCAGAAGCGGUGAUAGUUCCCUGUACUCAGAGCGGUAUUUAUGCAAUUCUAAUGAAUGGAGUAUCUCAACGGCGGCGUAAGUAUGGU